CCUUCGGCAGUAUAGCUGCUCACACCCCAACCUGAACACUUGUGCAGUUAAGAGUUAAGAGAGCCAUCAUCCCCAUUAAUCAUGCAACCGGCUGUCUUCUCACUCAUCCUGAUUGCCGUACAUGUGUCUGCACCGGUGGAUUGUGCACCGAAGCUCCGGGACUCAGAGCAACUUAUACAGCAUCGGCAGAGUAGCUUACACACUGGAGCACAUGCGGAUGCAUCGGCUGGUACGGGACCUUUCUACUUGAAGCUGAGUGGAUCAAUGAGGAAAGGCAUUCAAAGACCAUUUACUGUUAUUUUGCCAGUAAGAAGAAACACGAACAACUACGUGUCAAUAUUUGAUUUGAGAAGAAAACGCUACCUCUGUGUGGACUCAAAGGGAGAGCUGUACUACUCUUGGCAAAAGGGCUCAGAAGAUUGUCUCCUCCAGCACAUUUGGCUAGAUUUGGCGAACAACCAUGACGUUUUUUACUCUAUACGUGGGGGCCGGCUGCUCAAAGUGGAGGGACCUGAACCCUCCUCAGCCCUGGUCCUGGGUCCCUUGGUGAAGAGACAGAGGAGGAGUGAGAGAGUGAACCCCUCGGAUCCAUUAAGAUCCCAGUCACAACCUUCACAUUCUGCCAAACAUCACCAGGAUGCACAUGGCAGGCAGCGUGAACAGGACCAGGCCGGUGCUGUGUCCAAAGAGACCAUCACCUCCUGCGAUGACCCCCUCCGGGUCCUUCAGUCCAACGGGCCCGUCAGUCCUGUCAAGACUAACAUUGCAGACCGAGCAGAACAAGACUAAGAUACCAAACUUUGGUUUAAUGAGUGAAAAGUCAAGAGAGGGGGAAAGUCUUUCCAUUGUUCUAAAAACUCGAUUAAUGUCUGACUGCCUAAGUGACGGUAGAGUUGGGCGAUAUGGAGGAAAUCAAACAUCACAAUAUUUUUGACCAAAUACCUCAAUGUCGAUUUUGCAGCGAGUGUAGGGUUGACACUUGGUUUAAGAUAAAUUAUCAUCAGUAAUGUUGAUAUAAUAAAACUGCUAGAACAGUCUGGUAAGUUCACUUAACUGUAAGGCAGCCUUUAAAAAAGGAAAAGACAACACAUUGUAUCACGAUAUAC